AUGCCACUGUUGCACUGCCGGGCACGUCGCACCGGCGGUGCAGUCUUGCCGUGUGAUCGGGAGAUAGUGGUUCAGUGUGUCUGCAACUGGUUCGGAAGCGUGCAGCAGUUUGAAGACUUUGCUGCGCCUCUACUCCGCUCCGCGUUCGACAGACAGCUAGGGCAACACAUGUUCCCGUACGGCUACUUCCUGGUGAUCUUGUGUCCUGUUCUGUGGACCGGGCUUGACAUGAGCAUCGGUUCGUGCUGGCCGGACUGCCAUCGUGAGCCCCGGCACGCGCCGCAGAAAUGGUCUUUUCACUGGCUCUGCUACUUCGUGGGCCUCUGGUUGGGGGUCAUGCCGACCACCGCCAAGGUGGGUCUUUACCUCUCAAGCUAUUUCAGGAGGCCACGGCGAUACUUGGUCUGCGACGUGCUUCUCAACCUGAUGAUUGUCACGCUGAUGAACAUGUGCUUUGGUAUCGCGCUCCAGGUGGGUGCUGUCUUCAAUGACAAUGACCCGAAAUGGUUAGAGGAGGUCAUCAGUGACUCUUACACGCGUUCGGUGCUGCUGGGAGUGACCUUUCUUGUGCCGGCUUGUAUUUUGUUCGGACAGCGUUUGACUUCUUUCAAGCACGUGGUUUCACGAGAAGGAUUCUGUUUCAUCAACUCUCCAGAAGGACUUGCGCUGUGGCGGAAAAAGUGGACGCAGAGCAAUGCCCUGGCUGGCACAAAGCCGUUUUCCCAUGUCCGUGUCUUUUCCAUGAGCUUCUGCCACCCUUUGGAUCUCAUUGCGAGCUCAGGAAACUCGGAAGAAGCGUCAGAUCCGCACGGAGUGAUUCGAUCGAUGACGCAGUCAUAUACCGAGAUGAAAUUGAUGGAAAAUGCGGAGGCAGGCGAGGUGAACGCCAGCGACUCCAGCAAGGACCAGGGGAUUGUUGUGUUCGUUACAAACAUCUCCACCCCAGUCUUAUCAGGAAUCCGCAGAUCCCAGCUGGUGCGAAACGUAUUGGUCCAAGAUGCAAGGUUCUUGGCCUGGAGCUUCCUCGGUGCUUUCGCCGGCAUGAGCGCCAUCGGCCUGAUGCAUGCCUAUUUCAUGCUUCCCAAGAGCCACAUUCACAUGCCCUUGUUGGUGGGAUCCUUCGGUGCCAUGUCCGUGAUUCUCUUCAGCGGCUUCAAGACACCCGUGGCGCAGCCCAAAAACUGCAUCAUCGGCAACACCAUUGGCGGCUUGGUGGGUGUGGUGGUGCACGAUUUGCUGACAGCCCUGGGACUGGGCAGCUAUGUUUGGCUGGCCUCUGCCUUGGCGGUCUCCCUGACCAUCGUGGCGCAAGAGGUCACACGCACCGUGCAUCCACCAGGCGGAGCGACUGCCUUGAUCUACGUCACAACCCCCUUGGUGCAGCAUUUGGGCUACAAGUAUGUCUUCUGCCUCUCAUUCCUGGGAGCCGUGAUCAUGGUGGCCGUUGCCUGCAUCACAAACAACUUGUCGGGUGCCCGGACCUAUCCGCAGUACUGGUGCCCAUCGGAGGAGGCAGAGGAAUCCACGCCUUCCAACUAUUUCAUGAAGUUCCUGGGCGCCAACGCCAAGCCACUGCCUGCGGCUUCUCCACCCUUGGCACAGACUUGGUGUAGCUUCCUGGGCGCUUUCGUGGGCAUCGGCACCUUAGGGCUGCUGCAUACCUACUUCAUUGGCCCCAACCUCCAUGAAGUUCUGCUGGUGGGAGCCUUUGGCGCCAUGUCUGUGAUCAUCUUCAGCGCAUGGAAAGUGCCCUUUGCUCAGCCGAAGAAUGCUAUCAUCGGGAACUGCAUCGGCGGGUUGACCGGUGUUUGUGUCUACGACCUCAUGGGCUUCGCAGGCCUGAGCGAAUACAUUUGGCUGGGCGGGGCUCUUUCUGUUGCCCUGACCAUCACCCUGCAGGAGCUGACCAACACCGUGCAUCCUCCCGGUGGUGCAACAGCGCUGCUUUUCGUGAUCGUUCCAGUGCUUCACAAGUUCAAAUUUGCUUAUGUGGUGACACCUUCAUUGCUGGGAACCGUGAUCCUGGUGCUAGUGGGAUGCGUCACCAACAACUUGGUGAGCCAACGCCAUUAUCCUCAAUUUUGGUUCCCUUUCUGA